AUGAAUGAUAGACAAAAAGUUGUAUUGGUAACUGGUGCUUCAUCUGGUAUAGGUUUUGCUACAUCAAUUGAGUUUGCUAAAAGAGGUUAUAAAGUAUAUGCUGGUGCUAGAAGAUUGGAACCAAUGGAAAAGUUGAAGGAUUAUGGUAUUAUUCCAAUUGAAUUAGAUGUUGCAAAUUUAGAAAGUGCUUUAGGUGUUAAGAAAUUAAUUGAAAAAGAUGGGUCUUAUUUAGAUAUAUUGUACAAUAAUGCUGGUCAAUCUUGUACAUUUCCAACUACUGAUGUUACAGAUGAACAAAUUAAACAAUGCUUUGAAGUUAAUGUUUUUGGUCCAAUGAGAUUAGUUAGGGAAUUAAUUCCUUUAAUUAUAAAUGCUAAAGGUGUUAUUGGUUUUACCGGUUCAGUUAGUGGAAUUAUUCCAUUUCCAUUUAGUUGUGUUUAUUCAUCAACAAAAGCAGCUAUUCAUCAAUAUGCAGCUGUAUUAAGAUUAGAAAUGAAACCAUUUAACGUUAAAGUUAUUAACAUUAUAACUGGUGGUGUUAAAACUGAUAUUGAAGAUAAAAGAGAUUUCCCAAAGACAAGUUUAUUUAAUGUUGAUGGAAUGGAAGAAGCAUUUAUUGAAAGAAGAAGAAUGGCUGCGAAAAAUAUGCCCAUGCCAGCUGAAAAAUAUGCGAAAAAAGUGGUUAGUGAUUUUGAAUAUGCAAAUGGAUCAAAAUUGAAUUAUUAUAGGGGUACAAUGUCUACACUCCUUGGACAUGUAUUACUCUUUGUCCCUAGAUUCAUUGUUGAAUAUUGUUUAUUAUAUAAAUUUGGUUUAUUUAAAGUAUUUGAAAAUAUCAAAAAUAAAUAUAAAUAAUUUUGCACUGCGCGUUUACUCCAUGAAUGAAUCCAUCCUUAUGGUAUAGAGAUAAAGACCAAUUAAAAAUUGGUGAAGUCAAUAGAUAUACUGUAAAUUAUAAAAGGUUAGAUAAGAACAUAGAACAAAUUUAUCUUAGAUUGAAAAAUAUUGAAAGAACAAGUAUUAGAGCUAUUAAUUUAAUAAGUGGUCCAUUUAUAUUAUAUUGUCAUGUAAUUCCAUUCAAUUAUAAUCAAUUAAAGGAGUUUAAGCCAGAUAAUAAAGAUAAUACUGAAGUUGUAUUUGAAAAUCAAGUUAAACCAAAUCAAUCAUUUAAUGUUACGUUGUUGCUUAAUGAUAAUUCCAAAAAAAGUGACGAAGAAUUUCAAUGGGAAAUAGAUAUAAUUUCACAAAUUGUAAUUACUAGAAGGUCGAAAGUUGAAUAUGAUUUCACAAUUGGUGAUGAUUUAUCAUUUUUAAAGAAGAUUAACCAUUCUAAAUUACAACAAACAUUAAGUUCCCUCACUUCCGAUAUUGAUUCUAUACCCGAAUCUGUUGAUAAUUCAGUUUUCAAUCCUCAGUUAACAGUCUUUAAAUUAACUACUGAUGAUUUAUGGCAAACUAAACCAAAAGAUCCUGAAAAACCAAUACAUUUAAUUAUUCUCACGCAUGGAGUUUUUUCAAAUUUAUCUGCUGAUAUGUUAUACCUUAAAGAUCAAUUAGAAACUGUUAAUGAUAAUAUUUUAAUACGAGGGUAUAAUGAAAAUGCAGGUAGAACAGAAAAAGGUGUUAAAAAAUUGGGAACUAACAUUGCAGAAUAUAUAAUUGAUCUAAUUGAAAAUUUGCCUUAUAAAAUUGGGAAAAUGUCAUUUAUUGCUCAUUCAUUAGGUGGUGUAACUCAAUUAUAUGCAUUAAGAUAUAUUUUAGUAACUCAAGGUUUUGAUUAUUUUGAUAAAAAAGGUAUUGAAAUGGAAAAUUUAGUUUCAUUAGCUAGUCCAUUUUUAGGUAUAUUAAAUGAGUUAAAUUUCUUACUUUCUUGGGUUUUAGAUAUUGGUACGUUAGGUAAAACAGGUAGAGAUUUAACAUUGUCAAAGAGAUUGCCACAUUUAGAUGAUUUAAAUGAUCAAAAAAGAGAUACUUUUAGACCAAUAUUAGAAACAUUACCUGAUGAUCCAAUUAAAUUAUUCCUUUGUAAAUUCAAACAUUUGACAAUUUAUGCAAACGCAAUAAAUGAUGGUAUUGUCCCAUUAAGAACUGCUGCUUUAUUAUAUUUAGAUUAUGAAGCAUUAGGUGAUGUUUCAGAAUUGAAAAGAACAAAUCAUAUAAAAGAUGAAAAAUAUAAACCUGAAAAUGAUAGAUCAUCAGUUGAAACUAAAAGAACACAAGAUGUUUCCCAAGCACCAGAAGAUAAUGGAUAUGUAGAAUAUGAGAAAACAACCGAAAAGUAUCAUUUAUCAUUUGCAAAAGAGAAAUAUAAAGAAUUUUUAAGUUUAUCAGCAGAACCAAAGAUUAAAAAACGUCAGAAGAAGUAUAAAAACUUUUCAAUCAAGGGUAAAACAUUAGAUGAAGAUACAGAAUCAACAACCUCAGAUAACUCCUCAAAAUCAAUAAUCGUCCCACCUAGGGCAUCAGCUAUUGAAUCUGCAAUUAACACUUUAAUUUGUCCUAUACCUUCUGAAACAUAUAUCUUAAAUCCUGAUUCUCGUCAUCAUGUUAUUUUUCAUGAUAAAUAUUAUGAAUUUGAUAAACCACCAGAAAUAAAUACUGAUUCAACAUGGUUUGAAUAUUUAUUUAAUUAUCAUUCAAAAUGGAAAUUACAAAAACAAGUUAAAAUUGCAAAUAAAUAUCAUUCAAAUAGUUUGAUAUGGAGAAAAGUUUUAGUUAAUUUACCUCCUGAUGCUCAUAAUAAUAUAAUUGUAAGAAGAAGAUUUUCAAAUGGUUAUGGAUGGGGAGUAAUUGCUCAUUUAGUGGAAAAUUUAUUUGCUAAUGAAAUUGAAGUAAAACCUAAAAUAUAA